CAAAAGGAACUCCAAGUCCUCGUGAAUCCACACAUAACAAAAAGUUGCACACGCGAAAAGAGAAAGUCGCCGGAGCAAUCAAAGAAAUGACCGGCGGCGGUUCUUCUGGACGGCUCCCGUCGUGGAAGGAGAGAGAGAACAACAAGAGACGAGAGAGGAGAAGAAGAGCCAUCGCCGCAAAGAUCUACGCCGGACUUCGAUCUCAGGGGAACUAUCGUCUUCCAAAACACUGUGACAAUAACGAGGUCUUGAAAGCACUCUGCGCUGAAGCUGGCUGGGUCGUUGAAGAAGACGGCACCACUUAUCCCAAGGGAUGUAAGCCAUCUCCAAAUGAAAUGGCAGUGAUGUCAACAAACAUAAGCACAUGUUCAUCAAUCCAACCAAGCCCAAUGUCAUCAUCAUUCCCAAGUCCUGCACCAUCAUACCAUGCUAGCCCCACAUCAUCAUCAUUCCCAAGUCCAUCUCGCCAUGAAAACCCUCCACCACCUCACCAUUCAUCCUACAUUCUCCCUUACCUCUGCAACUUAUCCUCCCUCCCCCCUCUCAGAAUUUCCAAUAGUGCCCCUGUCACCCCACCUCUCUCCUCCCCAACAUCCCGUGGAACAAAGCGAAAACCCGACUGGGAAAUGCUAUCAACCACCGCAUUACAAUCCUUCCGCCACCCUCUCUUCGCCGCCUCUGCUCCGACCAGCCCCACCCGCCGCCACCGCGUUCCUCCGGCGACCAUCCCGGAAUGUGACGAAUCGGAUGCUUCCACGGUGGAUUCCGGCAGGUGGGUGAGCUUUCAGACCAUGGCGGCAUCGGUGGCACCACCUUCACCAACUUUCAACCUUGUGAAAACUUCAAGUCAACAACCGUUUUUCCAAAAUGGAAUGGUGGUGCAGAAUGGUGGUGGGUGUGAGUUUGAGUUUGAGAGUAGUACUUUGAAGGCGUGGGAAGGUGAGAGGAUUCAUGAAGUUGGAUCAGAGGAUUUGGAGCUUACACUUGGAAGUGGGAAAGGUGUGAUUUGAAUUAUAUGUUAUAAUUUAUGGAGUUGAGAAAAUGGAGAUUGUUUAUAGCGUUGGAAAGAAGUGGGAUUCUUGUUUUCUGUAGAAGGAUAUGAUUGUUGGUUAAUAGAAUGGGUAGAUUUUAAAGAAAGGAUUGAUCGAUGGAAUGGGAGUUUAGUAGAUUAAAUUGUUUAACAUGUGGUAUUUAUUAUGCAAAAAACUGAAAAAGAAA